AUGUUCAAUGCUACGCAGCAUCGUGGCAAUCUCGGGCCUGGUCAGCCCGCUGCCCACAAUGGACGAUUGAAUGAAAUCUUCGACCAGCUACGAGCCGAGUUCGAGAACCAAAGCAGGGGCUCAGAACAAAUGGAAACACAAGUCAGCCAACAGAUUCAAGAGAUGGAAUUGAUCAGGAACAAGGUCUACCAAUUGGAACAGAACCAGUUGAAGAUGAAGCAAGAUUAUGAGGCUGAAAUCCGCAUGCUUAGACACGAGCUCGAGCUUCGUGGUGGUGCUCCUGUUCAGACACAUCUGGGUGGCCCCCCACAGCAUGGCGGCCCAUCGCAACCACAGCCGCCGGCUCUUGGUCAUGGUCAGGGCACCCUCUUCAGCGGUAUUAUGGCAAACCAAGGACAAGGCGGUCCUGGUUUGGCACCACCUCCUGAUCAACAGCCACCUCCUCAGCAACACCCUCUGGCUCCUCCACCUUCUGGUGGUCAGCCUCAAGGGCCAGCUCCUCCUAGCUCUUUCGCUGGUUAUCAGCCAGGCCCGACGCUGAAUGGGUAUGCGUCUCAGCCCCAGCCACCAACCAAUUCCCCUGGACCUAGCAAGCGCAAUAUUGCCAAUCGAGGGCCAGGACCUGCUACUCCUCAACAACAUCCAGGACAGCCACAGCAGAUGCCUUACCAGGCAGACCCACGAGCCUCGCCACAGAUUCCACGCCCCACACCACCGGGAAAUGAGCUUCAACCGAGCCGUGGUCAUCAGCUGCAACCACAAUAUCAGCACCAAAUAAGCAACGUUACCAACAACCUCGCAGAUCUUCCGCUCGAGGAGCUACCUGACACGAUGAAGCGUAUUGGCCAGGACUGGCACGCUGUUUUCAAUCCAGCCCUCCCUCGCAUACUUGAUGUGAAUCUUGUACACAACCUUGUUCACGAGUCUGUAGUCUGCUGUGUUCGUUUCUCCGGUGAUGGCAAAUAUGUUGCUACAGGCUGUAAUCGUAGUGCUCAAAUCUUCGACGCCAGGGACGGCAAGAAGGUUUGUGAACUAUUGGAUGACAGUGUGGUCGACAAGGACGGUGACCUCUAUAUCCGCUCAGUCUGCUUUUCACCAGACGGCAAACUACUCGCCACUGGUGCGGAAGAUCGCAGGAUCCGAGUAUGGGAUAUCGAAACUCGAAAGAUCAAAUGCCAAUUCGAUGGCCACGAGCAAGACAUCUACAGCUUGGAUUUUGCCCGAAACGGAAGACUCAUUGCAUCAGGGUCAGGAGACAAGACCGUACGCUUGUGGGACAUCGAAACACGAACGCAGAUCAUGAUGCUCUCUAUUGAGGAUGGAGUGACCACUGUCGCCAUGUCGCCUAACGGACAGUAUGUUGCAGCUGGUUCUCUUGACAAAAGUGUUCGUGUUUGGGAUUGCACAAGUGGCUAUCUUAUCGAGCGACUGGAGGGCGCUGCCGGCCACAAAGAUAGUGUGUACAGUGUUGCGUUCUCGCCAACUGGGCGCGAAUUGGUCAGUGGCAGCUUGGACAAAACCAUCAAGAUGUGGGAACUUUCUCCACAGCGUGGGUUGUUACCAAGCAACGCCAGCAGCGGAAAGUGUAUCAGGACCUUUGACGGUCACAAGGACUAUGUGCUCUCUGUGUGCUUGACCCCUGAUGGCCAGUGGGUCAUGUCCGGCUCAAAGGACCGAGGAGUACAAUUUUGGGACCCGAACACUGGCAAUGCGCAGAUGAUGCUGCAAGGUCAUAAGAAUUCUGUGAUUUCCGUGGCACCUUGUCCAACUGGCCAUCUGUUCGCCACAGGUUCAGGUGAUAUGAAAGCUCGCAUUUGGCAGUACGGUCCUUACAGAUGA